UCAAAUUUUGAUGAUUGAUUCGAUUUCGAACAGUCUACAAUAUUAAUAAUUUAAUUUUGGUUCAUCAAAUGGAUAGCUUUUAAUGAAAUCAUGCCAUCUGUUUUUAUGGUGGCUGAAAAGCCUUCUUUGGCUGCUUCGUUAGCAAAUAUAUUAAGCAAUGAAAAAUCUUCAACAAGAAAAGGAUUCAAUGGAGCUUGUUCUGUACAUGAAUGGUAUGGAACUUUCCAAAAUGUUUCCUGUAUGUUUAAAAUGACUUCAGUUUGUGGUCAUGUCAUGGGUGUUGAUUUCAUCAGUAAAUAUAAUAACUGGGACCGUGUUGACCCUGUGGAGCUUUUCUCAUGUCCCAUAGAGAAGAAGGAAGCAACUCCAAAGCUGAAAAUGCCUGCUUUUCUAGCUGCAGAAGCUAGGGGAUGUGAUUAUCUCGUUCUUUGGUUGGAUUGUGAUAAAGAAGGAGAAAAUAUUUGUUUUGAAGUGAUGAACGCAGUGUCUACCUCAAUAAAAGGAAAUGUUUAUUCCAACAGUGUAACCUACAGAGCCAAAUUUUCGGCAAUAACACAGAAGGACAUCAAGGAAGCAUUCAAUAAUUUAUCUCAUCCGAAUGAAAAUGAGGCAAGAAGUGUUGAUGCUCGGCAAGAACUUGAUCUAAGGAUCGGUUGUGCUUUCACGAGAUUUCAGACCAAAUUUUUUCAAGGAAGAUAUGGUGAUUUGGAUUCUUCAUUAAUAUCUUAUGGACCCUGUCAGACUCCCACUUUAGGAUUUUGUGUUCAGAGGCAUGAUCAAAUUCAAACAUUCAAACCAGAGACCUAUUGGGUUGUACAAGUCAAUGUGGUUACAAAGGAUAACUUUAAAGUUUCCUUAGACUGGUCUAGGGUUAGAAGUUUCGACAAAGAGGUUGCAAAUAUGUUUUUGCAGUUGGUCAAAGACCAAAAGGAAGCCAAGGUGGUGAGUGUUGUGUCUAAGGAAAAAUCUAAAGCUAGACCAGUAGCUUUAAAUACAGUGGAACUUAUGAGAAUUGCAAGUUCGGGUUUGGGAAUGGGCCCCCAUCACGCAAUGCAAAUUGCAGAAAGAUUAUACACACAAGGUUACAUAAGUUACCCUAGGACAGAAACAACCAGCUAUCCCCCAAAUUUUGAUUUGAUGGGAGUUUUGAAACAGCAACAGCAUAGUGACGAAUGGGGAUCAGAUGUGAAAGAGUUAUUAAAAAGUGGGAUGAAUAAGCCUAAGCAAGGGAAAGAUGUUGGCGACCAUCCUCCGAUUACACCGAUGAGACUAGCUUCGAGAAAGGAACUUGAAGGAGAUGCUUGGCGAUUGUACGAUUACAUAACUCGUCAUUUCAUAGCAACAGUAUCUAAAGAUUGUAAAUACAUGUCAACUACAAUUACUUUAUCCAUAAACGAUGAAGUUUUCUCAGUAACUGGCAAAACUUUGAUUGAUCCUGGUUAUACUGGAGUGAUGACUUGGCAAGCUUUUGGGAAGAACGAAUUUGUGCCAAAUUUCACCGUCAACGAGAUGGUUACCAUAAGCGACGUCAAACUGGGCGAAUACCAGACUAACCCACCGGAUUAUCUCACAGAAUCGGAGCUUAUCACCCUUAUGGAGAAACAUGGCAUAGGAACGGAUGCUUCGAUUCCGGUCCACAUCAACAACAUUUGCCAGAGAAAUUACGUGCAAGUUAUAGCUGGAAGGAAAUUGAAACCGACAACUCUAGGGAUAGUUUUGGUGCAUGGUUAUCAAAAGAUAGAUCCCGAGUUGGUUUUACCUACCAUGCGUACAGCCGUUGAAGAACAACUGAACUUGAUAGCCGCAGGAAAGGCCAACUUCAACGCUGUAUUGAAGCACACUGUUGAUAUCUUCCGACUGAAAUUUCAAUACUUUGUUAAGAAUAUCGACGGGAUGGAUCAGCUCUUUGAGGUAUCUUUCUCUCCACUGAGCGCCACCGGAAAGGCACAUUCUAGAUGUGGAAAAUGCAGGAGAUACAUGAAAUAUAUACAGGCUAAACCGCAAAGGUUGCACUGUUCUCAAUGUGACGAGACCUACAGUUUACCUCAAAACGGUACUGUGAAACUGUUUAGAGAACUGAAAUGUCCCCUGGAUGAAUUCGAACUGUUGUGUUGGACAAUGGGCAAUAAAGGAAAGAGUUUCGUGUUUUGUCCAUAUUGCUACAACCAUCCACCAUUCAAAGACAUGAAGAAGGGAACAGGAUGUAAUUCCUGCACUCAUCCUACCUGCCCGUACAGCUUGAAUUCCAACGGGAUCUGCAAUUGCUCCAACUGCGAUUUCGGAGUGUUGGUUUUAGAUCCAUCGUCAGGUCCUAAAUGGAAAAUAGGUUGCAAUCGGUGCGAUACUAUCAUCAAUUUAUUCGACGAUGCACAGAAGAUAUCGGUUCAGGAAGAGUGCUGCGAUGAGUGCGGGUCGCAGACUGUCAAUGUCGAGUACAAACAAGAAAAAACCAAACUCCCAAACAGUGCUUUAAGCAUGAAAGGAUGCGUGUUUUGCAGUACUGAGUUUGGAAGAUUAGUAGAUAAGCCCAAAACUGCCGUUGCUUCGAGACCUAGAGUAUUCAGGGGUGGUAAAACGGCUGGAAGAGGAAGGGGUAAAGGAAGACCUAAACAACCAAAAGACAAAAUGGCGCAACUUGCAGCUUAUUUCGUAUAGCACGAGUGAUGAUCCUUGAGUGUAAUGUUCGAUGAAGAUGAUUAAAGUAAAUAGUCUUAAUGUUAAAUGGGAAGUUUUUUAACCUACUAUUUGGUGUAGUAGUUAACAUAACCUAAACAACUAAAAGGCAAAGUGGUGCAACUUGCCGUUUAUUCCCUGUAGCAUGAAGUGAUGAUCAUUGAAUUUAAUGUUCGAUAAGGAUGAUUAAAUGAAAGAUAUUCAAUGUUAAA